AUGCCUUACCAAAAAGGCACUCUUCCCGACCACGCAAUCCCUGGCGGCGACAACAAUGUCUUGCAACCCCCAAACAAGCACAUUGAUAAAGUGGAAAGGAAGUCCACGGCCUCGGAGUCGCGUACCGAUGUCGCGCUCACUGCUGUGCCACUUUGGCCAUGUGUUCCGGCGGACAUUGUUGGCGCUCGGCUGGGCGUCCAAGCAAUAGACGUAGUCGACGGCGGCAGAAAUCGCUCCGAAAUGUACCGUUUGCAGCAAAAAGAGUCGUAUUGUUGGUAUAGGAGCGUCCAAGCGAUCUGCCCGCUUCGGCCUAGCAUAGCGAUCGACCGGCAAGCUUUCACGCGACGGCAACGGCACGUGUCGGGCAAGUUGUCUGAGACAUUCUACGUUCACUUCCAUGUAACCUUCACGAUCCGCCUCGACACCAGCACGGAGAAAUUCAUGGCAUCCACGCAAGUUCAGGAGACCCGGCAAGGCUGUGCAAACCAACCUUUCAUCUCUCCAGAAGCGAAGUGCCCUGACCCACUCGACAAACGCAUUGCCACUUGGUUGCCGGUCCCAGCGAUGGAAGGGCACCGCACGCGUGCGGAUCAAGCGAGGCCAGCAAUUUUCCUAUUCGCCGCAAGGCUGCUCGUCGCUUGA